GGCUUCUCUCGGCAGUACAACACAAACCAGCGGGACCUGAAUGUGCGUCAGGCCUGGGAGCAGGGCUACACAGGCAAGGGCAUCGUGGUUUCCAUCCUGGAUGAUGGCAUUGAGAAGAACCACCCUGACCUGGAGGGCAAUUAUGAUCCAGGGGCGAGCUUUGAUGUCAAUGACCAGGACCCAGACCCACAGCCCCGUUACACACAGAUGAACGACAACAGACACGGCACACGCUGCGCCGGGGAAGUUGCUGCCGUGGCAAACAACGGGAUCUGUGGUGUCGGCGUGGCUUACAACGCCAGGAUCGGAGGCGUGCGCAUGCUGGAUGGGGAGGUGACUGAUGCUGUGGAGGCCCAUUCCCUGGGCCUCAAUCCCAACCACAUCCACAUCUACAGUGCCAGCUGGGGCCCCGAGGACGAUGGCAAGACUGUGGACGGUCCGGCCCGGCUGGCGGAGGAGGCUUUCUUCCGAGGGGUCAGCCAGGGCCGAGGGGGGCUGGGCUCCAUCUUCGUCUGGGCGUCCGGGAACGGGGGCCGCGAGCACGACAGCUGCAACUGUGACGGUUACACCAACAGCAUCUACACACUGUCCAUCAGCAGCACCACGCAGUACGGUAACGUGCCCUGGUACAGCGAGGCCUGCUCCUCCACCCUUGCCACCACCUACAGCAGCGGCAACCAGAACGAGAAGCAGAUCGUGACGACUGACCUCAGACAGAAAUGCACCGAAUCGCACACAGGGACAUCAGCCUCGGCACCCCUGGCCGCUGGCAUCAUCGCCCUCACCCUGGAAGCCAA